AUGACGCACGCUAAUGCAGCUGAACUGGAGGCAAUCCGGUUAGAAUAUCGGGCUUCUUUGGCGGAUCUCACGUUCAACUCUAAGCCAAUCAUCACCAAUCUGACCAUUAUCGCACAAGAAAAUACUCCUGCCGCCCCAGCUAUCGUCCAAGCCAUUGAGGACCAGAUGCGAAAUGCACAGCCGAAGCAAAAGUUACCAGUAUUGUACUUGAUGGAUUCCAUCAUUAAGAAUGUCGGCGGUAUUUAUAUCAACCUCUUUGCACGCAACAUUGUCCGCAUCUUUGUCUCCGCCUACGAAAUGGUCGAUGCGGAUGACAAACAGAGAUUCUUCAAAGUGCUGAGCACCUGGAAAAGUCAACCGACUGGUCCAAUAUUUUCUAACAAUAUAAUGGCGGGUAUAGAAAGCGCUAUGAGGAAGGCCGCAGGGCAACCUAGACGGCGACCUUCACUUGGACAAAUUCAUGUAAAUCCUAAUUUUGUGGCUCGAGGGCAGUCAUUCUCACCACAAUCCACUACUGCAUCACCCAACGUUCUGACCAUGCCCACUAAUCAACCAAAUUCACAAGAUCGGUCUGCUACUCGUAGGUACGGUGCUAACACUCCGUAUGACCGACCACAAGGCGGCCGCGGCCGACCGGAAUCUGGCCCACAAAGACGAGGUAACAGAGCAGAAGGCAGACUCGAUACCCGCCGUCACCCCUCUCCCAUCCAAGACGCUAGGUUAUCUGACAAAGGAUCGUAUGCCCAGGGCCCAUCAACCCUAGCAUUUGGCAAUGGACGAUCUUCAGGGCUCUCACCAGCGAUUCCCUCAGUUACGACGGCGACACCUAUUUCCCAGCCUUCGAUGGCAUUGGAUGUAGUGUCUCUGCAGCAGCAAAUUCAAUCUCUACUCGCUCAGAAAGAAGCGCUUGCAAUUCUUAAUCCGCUGGAUACUUCGAAUGCUGGCCACAUUCAAGUACUUACCCAGCUACUUGGAGCUAUGCAGAACACUGCCUUAGAUGCGGCUUCUAUACAGCAAAUCGCUCAAAUGUUACAACAAUACGCAUUAGCAUCCGUUCCCGCCGUUCCUCUACCACAACCCGUAGCACCCCCUGCGCAACUUCCUCCCAUUCUUUCCACAAUCCUCCCUUCUCAACCUCUACCCCUUCCGAAUGCCAGCAUGGGUUUUGGUAUGUCGGCGGCACCCUUUUUGCAACGAAAGUACUCGACACCAGGUUCUGGAUUGGUUACUCCACACGCUGUUGCCGGCAAUCUUUCGGGUGGUGUGCAAGGUCUUUUAGCUAAUGCCUCUGCCCUCGAUGGAUUGUUGGACACGCUAAAGUGGGCCUCGGGAUCCUCGAAGACGGGCACCAUGAUCGGGAAUCUACCAUUUGGGUCUGGUAUUGCAGUACCGUCCGCUGUGGCACAGGAUGAUGGGGCGGUUAUUGGUGGUGGGGAGCAUGGUGGAGGCCGGGUCCGAACCGUGAAGGAUUUGCCGAUUAUUAGAUUGGUAAAUGAGGAUAUCAACAAGACCUACCCAAAUGCCGUGGAACUCCUUUACGAAGCAUUGGACCUCCAAUGCAGACAAUGCGGUACACGAUACAUGCGGAAUGACACGGGACGAGGAAAAAUGGAUGCACAUCUUGAUUGGCAUUUUCGACAAAAUCGCCGAGCAAAGGAAAAGGCAAAGAAGGCGAUAUCGCGUGAUUGGUUUGUUAGUGAGGAGGAUUGGAUCAAGGAGCAGGAAGUGGAUAUUAAGGAUCGUAAAGCACCAACCCUGUUUUUCGAAAACGACAAAACUGUCGAAGAAGCUGUUGAAGAGGUUUCCAAUAUUCCUGCGGAAGGUGAAACGAAUCCACGAUGUACAGUAUGUCAAGAACCCUUGGAAAAGUUUUAUGAUGAGGAGAUGGAUGAUUGGAUGUUGAGAGCUUCGGUUAGGGUUGAUGGAAAGUUGUAUCAUCAAGCAUGCUACCAGGAUGCCCAAAAGGAUGGUAUCCCGUCAACGAAUGGAACGCAAGUCAUUUCUCCGUCUACUGGGAAGCGAAAACGUGAGGAUCAAGAGGAGACUCUAGCACGGGAGGGCAAAAGUAAUAGUCCACCUCAAAUUAUUGCCAUACCUACGCCGCCGCACCUGAUGGCAGCGUCCCAACCAUUGAUACCCAUCGGAAGUGUGGCACUGGGAGAGGGAUUGACUGGGCUGGUAUCGGGUGUGUCAGCUGCGUCUUUGUUGUCAUCGUUGGGAGCUGGAAGUAUGGUUGGGAAUGCGAAUGUGUCAGAGGAUGUUGUGAAGCGAUUGAAGCUUUCCGGAUGA